CUGCGCGCACUCGAGCCGUGUGGACACUUGCAAUCUUUCGUUUUAAACACGAAGAAUACACUUUAAACAACUGAAACGUCGAAAAGGAGUCAUCCGAUACCAGGAUGUAAAUGUGGCCAGAGCCAUCCCUCUCAUGACCACAUCUUACCCCAGCACAUUAGAAUGUUCCUGAAGAAUGUUCCACCUGUGGUUGCACUGCAUACAGAAUGGAGGUCAUAUGGUCCGACAAGGAGCUUUAGCCUGCCUUUGUGCUUCAAUGACUCUGACAGUGACAUAUCUACCACUGGCACACCGAUCCCUGAGAAGGUCCAGAUGAUCAUUGACAGCCUGAGAAACACAGAGUCCUCCAUCGACAUGAGCGAUGAGUAUGAGGGAACUCUCCAGACGGGUCAAGCCCCACCCUCAGGAGGCACCAGCAAGGCAGUUGAUGUUGUGCAUAAAGCCAGGCAUCCGGGCACAUUGGGAGAGGCAAGAGAAGAUGACAAAAAUGUGGAUUCCAUGGAAUUUGGUACCCCGAGUCAAGAUUCUGACAGUGAUGACUCGGUGGACAGAGGAAUUGAGGAGGCAAUUCAAGAGUACCUGAAGAAGAAGGGUGACCACAAGCGGACGGUUGAGCCAACUGCAAGUCCAUCACCGGUUCCCAAGCACCUGAAGAGAGAAUGUCCCUUCUCAGAUACUCCCCAAAAUUUAGACGGCAAUAUGAUCUUAACUGCCAGCGGCAACCACAUCCCAAAAAGUGAGAGGACUACUAACUUGGUAGCAACAGAGAGGAAGCGUAUCAGAAACAAGAGACCAUCUGAGGAGAACCGACUGCUGAUUAAAAAAGGGGACAUCAUUGAGGCUGUAAAAACAUUCCCCUCCUUUGAAACAAAGAGAUGUCAUAUUAACCCAUCUUCUCAUUCCUAUAAAGGGCAAAAUGUCAGUACAGAUAAAGUGGAGGAAGAGUCACUUGACUCUAGCAGUGACGAUGGCAUUGAAGAAGCAAUUCGGCAUUAUCAGCUUGAGAAAAUAAAGGAAAAUUCUGAAGACGUCAAAAUACCUUGCAAGUUUUCAAAUCCUAAAGAGGAAUCGGAUUCUAGCAGCGAUGAUGGCAUUGAAGAAGCAAUUCGUCGUUACCAGCUUGAGAAGCAGGAGGAGGAGGGCAAGCACAUCACCAAAGCCUCAAAAAACUCACCACCUAAGCAAACCCUUGGGGGUAAAGCUCCUGCACUGUGUUUGGGUCAUUCAGGCACUCAAGCUAUCAAAAAACAGAAAGUGUUGACAAAGAAAAGGAAAACAGAGAGAAACUCAAAAUCUGUACUUUCCUCACCUGUAGCAUCUCGUCCCACGUUGAGUAAAUCAUUCGACAACCCUGACGUCAAAAACAAUGGUAUUUCUUUAUUAAAAAGCAAAAUUCCUUCAGAAAAUCUAACUCCAGGUCCUUUGAAGGUGAACACUACUGCUGAGCUCAUGUGUGCUGAGGCUAUAUUGGAUAUUUCUAAGGCUGUCAUGCCUGAGGCUUUUGAGCACAGUGCAGCCCUUCCAAACAACAGUGUUUCAUCUGUUUUUCACAGCCAGGACAGAAUUAACUGCAUCGAAAACAACACUGAUGAGAGCUCAGUCGACAGCGAUGAUGGAAUUGAACAGGAGAUCAGGAAGUUCUUGGAACUUAAGGCACAAAUGCACAGCCAGUCACCUGGCACAACCAAUUUUCCAGGUACACAAGAUCAUGCUAUGUCACCCCAGCAAAAGAGGAAGGUUGACCCUUCCCAAAAUAAGAAGCUACGGCUUUCCUUGUCGCAUAAAAGAAAGCGUAAGGAAGAAGACGGUAAUAUUUGCAAGGCGGAAGAACUGGAUUCCAGAUUAAAAGACGAACCUCACCCACAGCCUUUGGCAGUGCAUGACAAUAAUAAUAUGCUUAGGACUGAAGCAGGUGUGUCAGACGAGACCGGUGUCACUCUCCAGGUUAUCACAGCUACAAAAAUGGAAGGGCCCACAAAAAACAGUGACCAGAAACAUGCCUCUGUCAGCAUAAAGGAUGCCAAAGAUUUGGGGAGGGAGGGAAAUUCACAUCGACCCAUUUUAAAAACUGAAGCAUCAAAAUCAGUAAUGUUGGCAGAGAGAAGGGCACAGACUGGAGACAAGAGCAGCUCAUUGGACAGUGAUGAGGACCUGGAUGCUGCAAUAAAAGACUUGCUGCUGACUAAGAAAAAGUUGAAGAGGAAGACAAGAGACCGAAAGUUAAAGUCAAGUAAGGGUGUUCAUUUUGGAGCAGUAGAGUUGUGCCUUGUGGAAGAAUUGGAGUCUGAAAAAAAUAAAACUCUUAUGGAUUCUAAAACUUUUCCCAACUCUAAGAUCACUAAGAAUUGUAUUUCAAAAAGUAGUAAAUUAACACCCAAGCAGAACACAAAUGGCAAGAGUAUAAAACCAAAAUUGAGUCUGCUGAAGUCGGAUAAGCAGGUGAAAUCCCCCUGCCAGUUAGAACAAAUGGGUCAAAAGAAAGUUCAUACUGAUGUAGAACCCUUAUCAAGUGGCAGUCACCUGGGUGCAGCUCAGGUGGAACAGGAGAGCAGCUCAGUGGACAGUGAUGAUAGCAUUGAGCAGGAGAUCAGGAAAUUCUUGGCGGAGAAGGCAAAGUUGUCUUUGGUGAAAACAAAGGAUGGAGAAGAGAUAAAGGAUAGUAACGACCGCACUGAUUCCAUGACCAAGGAGGGAAUGAAGAUGGAAGCUCAGCAGGCUGAGAUUCCAACUACCACAGAAAAUUUCUACAAAGGCCUUCCUGACGGUGGUGUAUCAGGACAGCCAGAAUGUUGGGAAAUGGAUGUACCAAAAGGUGCAUUCCUAGGUGUAGAAGGUUACGUUCCUCAGUCAGCUGAUAGGGGGUCAUCUCCUUCAGUAGCCAGUACUUCCAACUCCUCAUCUAGUCUGCAGCCAGUUAAGGAAGUGAACACUGUGAAGGCAAUGAAAAUAAGCAGAGUGAGCUCGAAAAAAACCAACGCCGAGAAAGCUGGUCCAGGCAUGGAAAAGGUUAUGUCAGUCCCUGAAAUCAGUCCAUUUUCACCUUACUAUAGCACAGGAAGUAUUUAUGCGCCCCAGGCAACACGUUCACUGGCACAGUUGAGCCCAUUUGAUGGCAGUUCACCCAUGCUGGUCAGAGAAGUCCACAAGACCCAUAUUUCUGAUCUGCAUGUCCCUGCACAUGAAACAAGUCACACCGUGUGCCCAGCAGCAGAACAUCGGAAUGUCAACCGUGAUGAAUUCAUAGAACCUUCUCCCCAGCCCCCAAAAACGUCUGUUGCUGCCAUCCCCCCUUUUGCCACACCAACUCCAGCCAGGCAGACUGAUGAGGACUUUCUGUUGCGUGCGGCGAGAGGGGACAGCCUUGGACAAAACUCAAACCUUUGUCCACCAGGGAAUGUAGUGCAAGUCAAAAUGAACCAGCCCCUGCCCUUAGAGCUUUCCUCCCGUGGGAGUAACUAUGUUGAGAUCAAGAGUAGGGAUCUGAGUAAGGGAGGUGACAAAAAAUAUUGCACCAGGGAAAGGGAAGAGUGCAUGAGAGAGGGAGCAGACCUGGUGAGAGAAGGAUAUGAAGAAUGUAUAGAUGAGACAGGAGAUGAAUCUGAAGGGAGCCCAAGUGCUAGUCAGAGGUCAAGGGGGAAGAAGCAGUUUCCUAAAUUGUGUUUGUCCACCGCCAUUGAUCCUGGAGAGAGCUUUAGACCGUACAUCAUUCUGACUUCACCUGAGAGGAAGCUGAGGUACUCCAGAAGAAGCAUACGUGUUGAGGACCAACAGAAGUCCAAGAAGAAAAAGCUUGUUAAACGAAAACUUCAGUUUCACAGAUACCAGUCAAGUUAGAAGAGUGAAGACAAGUCAAGUCAAGAUCAAGUCUGAAUGGAAUUCUCCAAACAUUUGUGACACAAGCCAAACAGCAUUCAAAUAAGUUCCCAUAGUUCACAAUCUCUUCUAUGCCAAACUAUUAAAAAGGUUUGUGUAAAGGCUAUCAUAUACGUAUUACACAUCUUUUUCAAAUUAAACACUAAGGAAUCUUUACUGUAUGUAUUUUUUUGAGGUGUCACUACAGUACUUCAUGAAGUGCUGAGAUAACCUGCAUGCCUUUCCUGUGCACUGUUGUUUUUGCACAUUAUUACAGAUGCUUUUGUAUUCGUUUAAUUUGCCACACCUAUGUAGUAUCUGCAUUUUUUGUAUGUAAAAAAAUACAAUACUAAUUGACCCAGGUAAAUCACCUAAAAGUGUUCUGGAUGCAAAUACAAAUCACAAU